AUGGCAUUUGCAGGUACAUCCCAGAAAUGCACGGCGUGCAGUGGCACCGUCUAUCUGGUCGACCGACUUGCCGCCGACAGCCGCGUUUAUCACAAGGCCUGUUUCCGUUGCCACCAUUGCAAAGGCACCCUUAAGCUGGGAAACUUCAACUCCUUUGAUGGGGUUCUCUACUGCAGGCCUCAUUAUGAUCAGCUCUUCAAGAGAACUGGAAGUCUCGACAAAAGUUUCGAAGGGACACCGAAAAUUGUGAAACCCGAAAAGGUUAUUGAGAAUGAGAAUGCAAGCAAGGUGUUAAGCAAGUUUGGUGGUACAAAGGACAAAUGUGUGGGUUGUAACAAGAUAGUUUAUCCCAUUGAGAAGGUGACGGUGAACGGGACUCCAUACCACAAGAGCUGCUUCAAGUGCUGCCAUGGAGGGUGCACCAUAAGCCCGUCCAACUAUAUAGCGCACGAGGGUAGGCUCUACUGCAAGCACCACCAUAACCAACUUGUGAAGGCUAAAGGGAAUUACAGCCAGCUUGAAACUGAAUUAUGA